AUGGUUGGAAUUGUGGGAGGCAUGAAAGAUUUGACUUCUCUCCUUCUUAAAAGAUGCAAAGAGAUAAAAUGCAUCGUCGAUGCAACCUAUGAUUUCAAGGAAGAUGAUUUGAUUCCCAACUUGGCCGAGUUAAGACUUCAACGGUUGGAAAAUUUGACAGUAUUGUGUCGAGGUCCACCUCUGGAAGUACUGCGCUACUUUGAGAAACUAGAACUACUUGAUAUUCAAUUUUGCAAGCAGUUACACAUCAUUUUUCCUAUGGAAUGUAAGUUACGAAAUCUUAAGAUCCUCAGGUUACAAGAUUGCUGGACCGAUGGAGUACUUUUCUCAGCAUCUGUUGCUCAAAGUCUGCAGCAACUAGAAGAACUAAGUAUAAUUGAUUGCAAUGAAUUGAAGCAUAUAAUUUCUGCAAGUGGAAGUGAACAUGAUGAUGGCUUUAAUACUAGGGAGGAAAUAAUUCCAAUUCCAACGAGUUCUCCUUUUUUGAUGACCAAUCUAAGGGAAGUUAACAUUGUCGGUUGUAGAAGUUUAGAGUCGAUAUUCCCAAUGUGUUAUGUUGAAGGACUAAACCAAUUGCAAAAGCUGGAAAUAUCAUCAUCUCCUAAGCUGAAAUAUGUGUUUGAUGAAUAUGGUCAUGAACACCUUUCAUCACACCAAUACAAGAACCAGGUCAUGCUUCCUCGUUUGGAAUCUCUCAGUCUCGAUAAUCUUAACAAUUUCAUUGGGAUGUGUCCAGAGAAUUGUCAAGCAAAUUGGCCAUCUCAGACACUGAGGAUAAUGGACAUAAAUAAUUGUCCGAGAGUGGAUCUACUACGGUUGAAUUUGCAGGUUGGCAAUGAUAAGAGACGACGUAAUCAUCUGAAUGAAAUUUGGAGUUUCCAGUGUCUUCAACAUUUAACAGUGGGCAAUAAUGAAAAAUUGAAAUAUUUGUUCUUCAUGAAAACACAUAGAAGCCUACCAGAGUUGAUUGAACUUAGUGUUUACGGUUGUCAAGAAUUGGAACAAAUUGUUGCAGCAAGUGAAGAACUUCUACAGCUUCCCCGUGCUAAAGUUUAUUUUCCGAAGCUAAAAGAUAUAUAUGUCGAUAACUGCAACAAGUUGAAAAACCUUUUCCCUCUUGCUAUGGUCAGAAUGCUUCCACAACUAAGCGUGCUUAAUAUAACAAAUUGUACUGGAGUGGAAGAGGUUUUUAGACAUGGUCCCGGAGGAGACGAUAUUAUCAGGAAAUUUGAAGUUGUGCUUCCAUACUUGGCAUGUAUAAUCUUGGAUGAUCUACCUAAUUUUAUAGAUAUCUGCCAUGGUUAUAAGUUACCUGAUGUUGAACUUCUACAACUCUGCAUAUCUAACUGCCCCAAAAUUGUUCCAAGCUUAAAAAAAGUUCAGUUCAAUGUUAGGAUAAUGAGAUAG